GUACUGAGCUGCAUCGGCGCGCCUGGUUCGUGACCGAGCAACACCACAACAAGUAGCCCUGCGUGAGAAACAUAAUGCUUUGUGAAGUCCUGGAUCUGUGCACCAGUGACAGCGACGAGCUGCGGACGACUGUGUUGUGUGCUUGUGAUAAGCAGCCACGUAGAUCUACGUAGAGCCCCUCUCAGAAACCAGGUUUUUGGCACGUGCGCACCUGGUCCGUGACCGAGACGGCAAGAGAUAAUGUUACUGGGCCUGUAAAGCUACAUCCGUCAUCACUACAGCACUCACUACAGCAGGAUAGGUGCAAGGGAUCCGGGGAGGAAAGACGUGAGAAGGCUAGCGCCAGCAGCGGUGCUUAUCCUUAUCUCACCUCCUGUUUGGUAGUGUUGGGCGCACAAACACCUUCCACGCCAGUCAUCCUGGAACUUCGCCGCUGUUGGCUGCUCUCUUCUGCAAGGGAACAGUUUCCUGUUCGAGAGGACGAAUAGAUCUACCUCGGAGCGGGUUUGAGUUGUGUUCACUCGCGGCUUGCCCAGUCACAGGCGCGUAGCUGAAGCCUUUUACCGGCUUUGCGAUAUGGCCGGUUUCUCGACGAGCAGUUCUCGCGCCGGUUUCUAUUCCCUCAACACCUUACAGAAGUAAAGCCGUACGCCCAGACUACCGUUGGGGCAUUGGAAUGCGACAACAAGCUAGUGAACUGGUAGCCUGCACGCAUAGUGCUUCCCCAAUUUGACGACUCCUCGCGUGUCCGGAAUCAGCUCCAGAAGGUACUGCAAUGGCCAGUCUAAAUCCCAAAGCUAGCGAUGUUCUCUCCAGCCUGCGCUUGAAGGUGGCGUACUUUGCAGGUGGUGAGUACAACGGUCGACCUAUCCUAUGCAUUCCAGCAUCAGCUUGUACAGCAGUGUUGACCAUUGAUGGUAGAGAGCUGAAGAGACUUUUCACGUUUCUCGUCUGGGCAGGAUCCAAUGGAAUCGUGCAGAAGAAACAAGUGAAGUACAGCGUUGUGGCCAGCCUACGCAGUGGCGAAUGGAGUCAACUACGGCGAUAUCUGUCAAAACUGGAGGCUGCCUUGCCACCGGCUGCCGAGUGCAUCUACGUUCUUACCCCUCAGCAAAGAGUUAGUCUGACCAAGUUCAGUUACAAAUCUCAGCUGACGGACUUUGCGAUCAAGGUUGUAACAGUGGGUAUGAAGACGUUGCUUAGCCAUGUACCAGCAUCACAGCUAACAGAGGAGUAUGGAGGGACUCUGAUAUACAACCAUGCUGACUGGGUUGACCUGCUACUGCGGUAUGAGAGGUCAGCAGGUCCGUGCUCGCAGGAGCUACGUGCAGUCAAGGAUCUUACAGAGAAAGUCGUCUCUUCGGACAUUGCAAGGGACACCGUGACGGGCAUCAGUGCUGCAAAGGCGGACAUGCAGGAGCGAGUCGGAGUCUGUCUGGAGAUUGCGCGCAAAUCCCAAGUGCCGCUGGAGAACCUUGCUGGUGAUCUUCAUCGCAGUCCAUGCUCUUAUCGUCUCUGCACAUCGACUUCGUUCUUCAUCGGACUGGUGUCGUGUGUGGAUGAACUAGUCACAACUAUGACACAGGCCAUUCAAAACCUGGAGACAACGUGCCACAAGCAGGCAGAGGAGCUCGAACAUGCUGCAUCCACGCUAGACUACACAAACUCAAUCGGAAAGUGCUCAACAUCCUUGUCAGACCAUCUAGCCAGAUUGCAUGCAAGCUGCAGUGAUGUGGGAGACUCGUUCUCGGCAGCGUGCACUCUCCUGGCUGCACACCUGAAAGUUAUCGAGAGUGCUCAGGUGGACUUAUUGGCAAUGCAAGGGCUGCUUGACCGAAAGGCAGCUAUCGCAGCACUGGAUGGUGGACGACAAGCCGAUGCUCUCACUACCAUCUGCACCGAGUUGAACAGCGCUGGCGACAGGCUGGCGCAUGACCUAGCGCGAAGACAUCUGCAACUGGAGAAGGCCAAAUCACUGCAUUCUCUUGUACAUGAGGCUGAACACCUGUGUGAUGUGGCAUAUCGACUGCUAGCGACUCAGAACCUGGACGCGUGUUUGACAGAAGAUGGUUCUGGUGAUGCUAUCAACGAUGUGAUGUCUCUACUAGGCCAGGUAGCCGACAUCCCAAUUGAGCAGAUGAUCACUGUAGGCAAGGAGAUGCCAGCUGACUGCUCACUGGCCAAGAAGAGUGGGAAGGUGAUGACGCGGCGCGAUGACUUGGUCGUUCUGCUGAAAACACGAUCAGACAGCCUUGGCGGGCUGCUGCUGAGUCACCAGAGUAUAGUCGAUGACCUGAAGGCACAAUUGGCUGAGCAAGAUGCCAUCAGUAUGUCCAGCGAGAGUAGUUAUGAGCAGCAGGGUGAUAGCGGACACGGUGAGUCGGCCGUACAAACAGCUGACGAGUUCUCGCCGUCACACAUUCCCGAUGUCAACUGGGAUCUGGACAACUCGAGUAUCGUGAGUGCUCCGGCAGUGACAAGCAACUCUCACGAUCGACAUCCACUGCGCUCGAGCUCUGCCUCUACUCUUCCCUCAGCACACAGGAAUAGCACAUUGGGAUCUGGCAUUUACCGGACCUCGAGCAGCCAAGACUCACCCGUUCUAAAUGGCUGGAGAGAUGAUGACAUUGGAGAUCUUCUGCAGGACGAAGAGACUGAUUUGAGUGUGCUGGAGAAACGCAGGUGCAUAGCCCGUGAGCUGAUCACGACGGAGCGGGUAUAUAUCAAUGAUAUCCGUGACAUUGUUGAUACAUACUGGAGUGCAAUGGACACAACAGCCAAUCCUAAAGUUCCGCCAUUCCUUGCUGGCAAGCAGUCGACAGCCUUUUGCAAUCUUCCAAGAAUACUGGACUUUCACGAGAACUCGUUCUUGACGGAGCUAGAAGGCUGCAUGGACAACCCGCUGUUACUGGGGAUGAGCUUUGUCAACAACUAUCGUCAGUUUCAGCUGUACAUUCCGUAUUGUAAGAACAAACAUCGCUCCGAUACACUGUUCGAGGAGUAUGAAGGCAGUUUCUUUGAGGAGUUACGCAUCAAGCGUGGACAUCGACUGUCACUUCACGACUAUCUCAUCAAGCCUGUGCAGAGGAUUACCAAAUACCAACUGAUGCUCAAGGAAAUGCUGAAGAACUGUGCGAAGGCGUACGGUGCACGCAAGACUAUCCAGUCUGCAUUGGAUACUAUGCUGGAGAUCCUACAGCAGGCCAAUGAUGUCAUGCACUCGUCCGGUAUCCUAGGUUACCCGGGUAGCUUGUUAGAGCAAGGCCACGUACUGAUGCAGGACACAUUCCAGGUGGUCCCGACGUCGUCCGUGAAGAAAGUCCUGCACCGCUCGGUGGCUGAGCGAGAACGCCAAGUCUUCUUCUAUGAACAGGUUCUGAUCAUGACCAAGCGACAGCCUCAGCGUCUAGGUCAAAGUAGGACAAUUUACAACUACAAAGACCAUAUCAAGCUAUCGGACGUAGCACUGACAGAGAGUGUUAAUGGGGAUCAGUGCCGCUUUCAGGUGGCCCAACACCGCGGCACCAAGUGCUUCAUUCUACAAGCGAGGAGCCCGGAGGUGAAGAAGAUCUGGGUAACACGCAUCCGGCAGUCACUCGAAGAACAGCUCCGUACAAUGCAGAAUCGACAACAUCAUAAUGAAGUUGGAGUCAGCUGGGUUACUGCCGAUGCAAAUCGCUCCGGAUCCGUGGUAUCCAGUGAAUACACCAUGUCGAAACACAACACCUUGUCACAUACUGUAACUCCAGAUGGCAAUGGUCCCGAGCCAUUUGCACUGUCCCAUACUCGCAAGUCACUGCCGAUGGACCGCAGGCUGUCACCCAGUCCAAGUCGAGGCCGCCAAUCUCGCUCCAGGAGCCAGAGCCCGUUCGCGGCGGACAAGCGCAAGGCGUCGAGUGAAAGUCCAUCACGCGCUCACUUGUGCCUGCUGCCACCCAUUGCCAAGGGACCGGGUCCCCGAGGCCGUGCGUCCAGUCCUAAUCUGCACAACACAAGUCCAAUACACCACCCUGCUGCACAGGGACGGCGCUUUCACAGUAUGUGCAUACCAGAAACACGCCCAGGACUGUUCAGGCAGUCACCCUGCUCUGACAAAUCCAGCGGUCACUCUCGCUCUCCCAGCCCGUCGCAGCAGUGCAGCAGCGGACAAAAGAUCGCCUUUGGCAGCCAGCGUUCUCUCAACCGAGGAGGCCCGAGUGAGCCACCACCACCAAUACCUCCUAGACCCAAUGCUAUCGCUACUCUUCCUCCGCUCAGGUCAGUAAUCCCACGCACACCGCCAGCAAUACGCAGACGAGAGCGAACCCGCAAGACAAGCAGUGUCUGCUCCACCUCAUCUUUCCACUUGAACAUGAUGAUGGAAAGCGACGGCUCUGUCAGCGAGGGGCUCAGUGCCAAGUCCCCACCGUCGUUUCACCGUAGCUUGGACUGCAUACCAACGGCAGCAGCCGCGCAAAUUAUGAUAUCACAGCCAACUCCAUCGCCUCGCGUCACGACAAGCUUUGCAUUUCCGACCACCAGCAAAGCAACGGCCCGCAAGAUAUCCCCUGUUGUGCUGUACAAUCCCUGGAAGUCUACAGACGUUGAACACCAGCAGGUAACGGACACCGAACCUCCUGCAUCGGCCUCCCCCGUACACUCAACAACAGCUAGAACAGUCAAACCACCGGGUUCAUACACAGAGCAUGACCUCUGAAUGGAAAUAGUACACCGAGCAUGAUCUCUGAAUGGAAUUAGUACACCCGGCAUGAUCUCUGAAUGGAAUUAGUUCGUACCAUGUAAAAAGUAACAGCGGUGGUGUCAGAUUAGAACAUCACACCGUUAUUAGCCAAGUGAAAGUAGCAGAUGAAUUGCCGUAUAUUAGUCAGCCACAUAAGACACGAUAGGGAGAUAAACUAACUGUGUACAUAUUCUUGAGCACUGCUCUAUAUUUUGACCGCAGAAUAAUUAUAUAAACAAUGCAAAUAUCAGAUAGAAAAUAGGGACUCAUGACAUACAUACUUACGGCUUUCUUUAUAAUCUACAUACGUAUGAUGGUAAUAUUAUUAUGUUUGGAAGGCUUUGAACGAGACUUGUACUUGCUACUUGCCAGUCGGCAAGAGCACGAUCUUGAUUGAUUCUGAACUCUUGUUCACAAGGUCUAUUCCUUUUACCACA